CACUGGAGAGAAACCUUUUAAGUGUUCACACUGCGAACAAGAGGUUCAGACGGUCAAGCGACCUGAAAACACAUGAGAUGGUCCACACUGGAGAGAAACCUUUCAAGUGUUCACACUGCGACAAGAGAUUCAGUCAGUCAGGACAUCUGAAAAAACAUGAGAAGAUCCACACUGGAGAGAAACCGUAUCACUGCACUGCAUGUGUUAAGAGUUUCACUCAUUCAUCUUCUCUACACAGUCAUACAAAUCACAAUCGCAACCUGAUGAAGGAGAAUGAGGAGAGUGAGGAGGAGAAACAUCAUUAUGUAAAAUCUAGAGAAAAAACUCCCUUACAGACUAAAAGUGUUUCAUUACUGAAAAGAAGAGAAAGGAAAUGUUUCACCUGCCGUCAGUGUGGAAAGAGUUUCACACGCAAACAGAAACUCAAUGUUCACAUGAGGAUCCACACUGGAGAGAAACCGUUCACAUGUGAUCAGUGUGGAGUGAGUUUCAGACAUAAAGAAUCCCUUAAGCUACACAUGUUUAUCCACACUGGAGAGAAACUGCAUGAAUGUGAUCAAUGUGGCAAAACAUUUUUGACGGCUUCAGUCCUGAAGGAUCACCUGAAAGUUCAUUCACAGGAGAAACCACAUUCAUGUUCUUUGUGUGGAAAGAGUUUUUCACUGCUGCAAAAUUUAAAAAUACAUCAGAAAAGACAUACUGGUGUGAGAAAUCAUAUGUGCUUUGAGUGUGAGAAGACUUUUAUUACAGCUGGAGAUUUGAAACAGCACCAGAGGAUUCACACUGGAGAGAGACCUUACAAGUGUUCACACUGCAACAAGAGAUUCAGUCAGUCAGGAACCCUGAAAGCUCAUGAGAGGAUCCACACUGGAGAGAAACCGUAUCACUGCACUGCAUGUGGGAAGAGUUUCAACCAAUCAUCUGCUCUACGCAGUCAUACAAAACACAAUCACAAUCUGAAGGGACACUGAGACAUCGAAUUUGCCGUUACAUAACUGGCGAGAGACGGCCAGGAAGAGGACGGGAUACGACCACGGUGGGCACGAGACAUCACGAAACAAAGCCGCUGUAGAA